AUGGUUGUCAGUGCUUUUGCAACGAUUUCUGCUGACCCAGAAGCGCAGAGGAAUAGGCGACCCAUUCCCAUAUUCAGAGAAACACCAGCCGCUGGACUGAAACUGCCCAACAAUGCCACCGCCAUUCGGGAAAAUAUUGUGGAUACGUUCUCUUGUGAGGGGAGGAUUUAUGGGUAUUAUGCUGAUGUGGAUAAUGAGUGCCAGAUAUUUCAUGUCUGCAUGCCACAGAAUAAGGGGGCCAUCAGGUGGAGCUUCAUAUGUCCGGAGAGCACGGUUUUCAACCAGGCCACAUUCGUCUGUACAUGGGAGGACGACUCAAUCCCCUGCGCCGAGUCAGACCAAUAUUACGGUCUCAACGAAGAAUUCGGAAGAGAGGACCCAGAACAAGAAAACACUGAAAAUCCGCACAAUCCGGAGGACGUGACCUACAACCCUUCCAAUUAUCCAACCAACAACGAAGUACCAGUGACCCCGUUCUACGGAAACACUCGAGGAAGAGGUAGAUCGAAUCGAGGAGGCAAGAGUUAUCCCACAGAUGACACAACAGAAACUCCUUCGUCCACAGAAACUAAAACCCAAUAA